GGCCUCCCGCUUCCCGGGAGUCCCCGCGGCCGCUGGAGGAAGCGGGCGGUCAUGGCGUUCUGCGCGCCGGGUGCCUACCUGACCCACCAGCAGAAGGUGUUGCGGCUUUAUAAGCGGGCGCUGCGCCACCUGGAGUCGUAUUGUGUCCACAGGGACAAAUACCGCUACUUUGCUUGUUUGCUGAGAGCUCGGUUUGAAGAACAUAAGAAUGAAAAGGAUAUGGUGAAGGCCACCCAACUGCUGAGGGAGGCAGAGGAAGAAUUCUGGCACAAUCAGCACCCUCAGCCGUACGUCUUCCCCGAGUCUCCAGGAGGGACCUCCUACGAGAGAUAUGAGUGCUACAAGGUUCCUGAGUGGUGCUUAGACGACUGGCAUCCAUCCGAGAAGGCGAUGUAUCCAGACUACUUUGCCAAGAGAGAGCAGUGGAAGAAGCUGCGGAGGGAGAGCUGGGAGCGGGAGCAAGCCAGGCGGUCUGGUGCAGACUGGAAGUGAGUGGUUACCGUUUGUCCGGUCGAGAGUGUCCCAAGACCAGAGGCUGUUCAAGUGAUUGUUCCGGUGGGAUCUAAGUGGAUAGAGGCGGCACGGAGACAGGAGGCUGGUGGAGAGAGAAGGGCAAGCUGGGUCAGGAGGUCUGUGAACCGGCCACCUCUUGAGUUUCAAGAGCAUCUUCAAAGGGACAUUUAAGCACGAGCCGUAGAGGGGCACUGUGUUUGUACAGUGGGAUAUCUGAUUCAUGAUUCGAAGGUCAUAUGGGUGCUUGUGAUAAGGUCCAGGAUGUUGACGGCAGGAAGUCCUUGGCCAAGGCGGAGUGGAAAGAAAGUCAUUUUGACCAGGGAGGGCAGUGUUUGCUAAGGGAUGUCUCCUCUUUGGGAAAGGGGGCAGGGGUGUAUUUACUCAUGGAGAGCAGUAGGUUCAUUCUGCAGUCAGUCACCGGUGACCCCUCCAUAGAAACGUUCUCCCUUUAUCUCGUCCGCCUGACAUGAUUAAACAGCACAUAUGCUGGAGACGCCGGUCGCCCACAAUCCAGAACUUUUUCUGAAGGAAGUUCCAGAAAAUCAUGGCUCUGGCGAGUGGGUCUCUUACAUGUCCUCUAUCAGGACAGGGAUAGUCUUGGAGGUCUCUGGAACCGGGGGGUGACUGGACAACAUCAGGCAGAAUGGAGCACGUUUUCACGUGUGAUUUCACUUUAUAUCUUGUUCUGGUUGCUACUUGGGGGGCUUUAAAAUGAACAUCUC